UGUAUAAAUCAACUACCCGCUUCACGUGGUAAACCCAGCCCUGAUCUUUCGGGUAGAUUAGCAAGAUAUUUUUUGACCGGUGGGAUUUUGCGCUGAGGGAAGGGAGGGAUAAGAUCCCGAUCCGUGCAUGGGCGAAUGCCAGUUUGCAGUCAGCCUCCCGCAGCUCCUCCUCUCCAGCCAGAGGGAAUCGGCAACAUCACAUUUCAAUGAGAGCAGGAGGGCACCAGGCAGGAUCGCACUCUCCAUUCUAGCCGACCUUCCCAUCACCGACAUCCCCGGCCUCUCCCGAGAGGCUGUUAUGAAGAAGCUUUUCGGUGCGUUAGACCCUGGAACGCACCUGGGAUCGCCCGUCUUUCUUUAAAUUUGCAGGCAGCACUAUGCGGCGCUUUGGAUAAAACCCAGUCUGGAAACCUUCCACCUGACUACUAAAAACGACGACACGCGGCCAUGGGUCCGAGACCCCCCAAAGUGACACCGAGUGACCCUGUCCUGGAGAUGGGAUGCACCAGUCACUGUCGCCAGUAUCUCCGGAAGAAGCUGAGGCCGGUGAGGGUGCUGGGGUUUGUCUUGAGCCUCGUAGCAGUAAGUGCAGUUUCCUGCUCAUUCGGUGCCUUGACGUGGAGUCCGGGCUACAGGGUGGAGGCUCCUUUCUCGCCAAGCGGCCUGUCCGGACCGGUGCCACAUCGAACUCUACUGACUGCCAAGCAACAGCAUGCCCAGAACGUUUCUGCGGACACUCUGAGGGCAUCGUCGGGUAACCACAGCCAGGGCGACUACCCACAAGACCUCUUCAGCCUGGAGCAGAGGAGGCAAGGGGCAGUCAUCUUACACAUGUUCGGGAUGCUGUACAUGUUCAUCUCUCUGGCUAUCGUUUGCGACGAGUUCUUCGUUCCCGCCCUGACGGUUAUCACCGAGAAGUUUACCAUUUCCGACGACGUGGCUGGUGCCACCUUUAUGGCCGCUGGUGGCUCUGCCCCAGAACUUUUCACCUCUGUGAUUGGGGUCUUUAUCUCCCACAGCAACGUGGGCAUUGGGACAAUUGUGGGCUCGGCAGUGUUCAACAUCCUGUUUGUGAUUGGGAUGUGCGCACUGUUUUCCAAGGAAAUCCUGAACCUCACCUGGUGGCCACUCUUCCGUGAUGUGUCCUUCUACAUCCUGGACCUGAUCAUGCUCAUCAUUUUCUUCCUGGAUAACUACAUCAGCUAUUGGGAAAGUCUGGCACUGCUGUCAGCCUACGCAAGCUAUGUGAUUUUCAUGAAGUUUAAUUCUACAGUAGAGGUUUUGGUGAAAAGCUUGAUUAGCAGGAACCAGGUGGUGGAAGUGGAAGCCCAACCGAAGGUGAGCCCUGAGCCUGCAGAGGACGGCAGCAAACUGUCGGCCAAGCCCCGCCUCCAGAGAGGAGGAAGCUCCGCCUCCCUACAUAACAGUCUGAUGAGGAACAGCAUUUUCCAGCUGAUGAUCCACACGCUGGACCCGCUCAGUGAAGAAUUUGCCGAUUCUGAACUUGGGACAUAUGGAAAGCUAAAAUAUUAUCACACAAUGACUGAGGAAGGGAAAUUCCGAGAGAAGGCAUCCAUCCUGCACAAGAUCGCCAAGAAGAAGUGCCAGGUGGAGGACUGUGAGAAGGCCAACGGGGCAGUGGGCGGGGCAGAUAGAAAUCUCCCCAACAGCUCUAAUGUGGAGGUGGAGGUGACCCCGCCCAUGAACGGCAGCGUGGGACACGAGGGAGAAGCGGGUGAUGAAGAGGAGGAUGAGGACCAGCCUCUCAGCUUGUCCUGGCCGGAGUCGAACCGCAAACGCUGUACAUACCUCUUAAUCCUGCCCAUUGUGUUUCCGCUAUGGCUCACGCUGCCCGAUGUCAGGAAGCCGGCCUCAGUGAAGUUCUUCCCCGUCACUUUCUUUGGAUCCAUCUGCUGGAUUGCAGCCUUCUCCUACCUCAUGGUGUGGUGGGCACAUCAGGUAGGAGAGACAAUCGGGAUUACAGAGGAGAUUAUGGGCUUGACCAUUCUGGCAGCUGGAACCUCCAUCCCUGACUUGAUCACCAGUGUCAUCGUGGCACGGAAAGGACUCGGAGACAUGGCUGUGUCGAGCUCCGUGGGCUCCAACAUCUUUGACAUCACGGUGGGUUUGCCCUUCCCCUGGCUCUUGUAUUCCACCUUCCACGGCAUGACGCCAGUGACCGUCAGCAGCAACGGCCUCUUCUGCGCCAUCGUCUUGCUCUUCCUCAUGCUCCUCUUUGUCAUCAUCUCCAUCGCCGCUUGCAAGUGGAGGAUGAGCAAACUGCUAGGCUUCAUCAUGUUCCUGCUGUACUUUGUGUUCCUGGUGGUCAGUGUCAUGCUGGAGGACAAGGUCAUCAUGUGUCCUAUUUCCAUCUGAGCCCCUCCCAGCAAGGUUUUCAUCUCUUUUCGUGGGAUACGGGGUGGGGGCGUUUCCAAUUUAGAUUUUUUUAUUUUUUGGACACUUGGACUCCUGUGUCUUCAGUGGACAAGCUUGCAACCUGCAAGGGAUGGGGUAAGGGGCAGGUUUAGGAGUAAGAGAGGAGUAGGUGGUUCUUUUGAGGGGCAGUCAUGCUAUCUAUGUUAUAUACUUCACUUGACUGGUAUAUUAUUGGCAAAAAUGUCUCUCUUUAUUAGAGUGAGGAGAGGAUGACUCUCGGACCAUAUAGACAUAAAGCGGAAAUGUGCUCUAAGUGGUCGAGGUCCCCCAAAAGCAUGGUGGCGCCGUAGUGCAAUGUGUGCAUGCCCCGUGUAAGGCAGUAUUCCAGGAGAAGCAUUAGCCACCUUUUCAACAAGAAGCAGCCAGCAAGUACAGCCAACGUCAUCUGUCGCUUCAAAGACAAGCAUUUAUGAGUCACGGGGCUCUGGCAAGGAGUAAUAUUGCUGAUGUUGGGCGACAUGUUUAAGGCAAGACGAGGAACCGUGUAUUGAAGCGGACUGAAUAUGUUCUGCUCUGAUGGCAACGGAGGUAGGAAGCAAUCACCUGGGAGCAGUGGGCAUGUUCUUUUCGUGAACAGAAGCUCUGAAGCCACCAACGAUGAAGGAGAGGAUGCUGGGAAAUGGUGUGCGACUGUGCUCACCACGCUCACUUUUCCGUGGUGCCUCCAAGAGUGAUCUACCUUCUGAGGCGUGGCCUCUCACAGAAACAGCCGGAACGUCGCUUUAUUCUUCUGAUUGCUGUUCUUCUUGCUGGUAGCUUUAGUUGUGUUACUAGUAAAGGUGGUAAGAACCUUGGUUCACCCACCUUUUUGUGAUCACUUCCUCCUCCACCCUUCCAACCCAGAGACGGCCACAGCUCUUUAUAUCGUGUAGAGAUUGCAGUAUCGAUUGGGAGGCGUAGGAAAAACAAUAUUAAGCUAGAAAUAUUACCGAGCAGAAGAUACACUUCUAACCCUACCAUGUAUAUUACUCAGUCUUAAUAGAAGCAUGUCUCUAUAGGAUCUUAUUGAGCCAUUUUGUGCUGUACAGUGAUAGUUUAAAGAUCUGGCUCCUGUCAUUUGAAUAAGUGUUAUCCAGCACUCUUUAGAUUAGAAAAAGAUUUAGUAUCUAGUGCGCACAGUAUAUUUAACUCUGAUCUCUUACUGUUGGGCAUAAUAUUGAAGCUUCAUGUUAAUUGGUCUGUAAAGAUCAGUGCUAUAAAGCCAUUUAUCUGAUCCUAGAGGAAGGGUGUACAUGGGAUUUGAAUGAAAGAUUUGACAAAAGAGGCUCCAUUGCUUUUUACUAUCUCCCUUCUGUCAAUCAAAGUACGCUCUACAUCUGCUAGACCGAAUGAGUGUUUGAAUAAAUGCAUCCAUGAAUAUGUAUGAUGAAUAAUAUUUAUCAAACUUGUGAAAUUGUUUUCAAAUGAAGGGUGCUCCUGUCUCCAUGUGAACACGUAUGAAUAUCUACACAAUGCAACUACUGUAGGCUUCAUAGACAGAUUACAUUGAAAAAUAGCUAAUAGCAUUUAACACAAGUAUCUGUACAUGUUUGGUAUGGCCGUAUCGCCAUGUGCUUUCUUUACUGCAUUCAGGAUUGGUUGGUUUUUUUCUUAUCAGAUGCAGAAAGUUUAAAUCCAUCCUCCAGGUCUGAGCUCGACUGGAGUCACCAGUCAAACACAGGAAAUGCUGAUACAACAGCAGCUUCUCCCCGCAGCGGGUAUCUGCAUCAUCUCUGCUGGGUUAAUAUGCCGAAAUACUAACCACUGUGCUUUUCCUUUCUGACUCUCCAUGUUUAAACAGGCACUUGAGCGUCACAUCCUGGUAGUUCUCCUUUGGACAGCCAAAAAAAGAAAAACACUUUCAUAUUUAGUCAAGCCUCGUGGCUUAGAACACCACACAAUGUCCCACGUUUGUACCAGAGAUCCCGUUGGCUGCGUGAAAUGAACUGGAACGUAGUUCAGGACUUGUCGACAGGUGUAAAUGUUUGAGGAAAUUGCUUUGGGCUGGGUACCCAAAAAGAGUAAAGAAGAUUUAGACCUACUAAGUGUAUUUCAGCUAUGUAUUUAUUCAAAGUAAAUUUAUUUUCUUGAUUUUGUAAAUAGAGGUGUAUAAAAAUGGGACAGUGAACAUGACUGAAUGUACAAAUCCGGAAUUAAGAGAGUUGUUUUUAUUUUGUUUUAUCUUUUUUUCUUUUUAUUUUAAUAGAAAUGAAAUAAUACAUUUGGAGGUGAUGAUAUGAUAAUGAUGCUGGUUAUUCAUAACCUGCUUGUUUUUGUCUUGAUAUGGCAUAAAGAUACUAUGUAACAUUAGUGCCCUGUUCUGCCAUUCACUUUGUAACAACCCACAAUACAUAGUGCACAAACAAUGAACUAAUGACCUCCUUCUGCAAUUGUGUCACACCAUUAUUCUGAAUGAUGUGAAAUGGGUCUUUCGUGGGAACUGGUCAAAGGAAGUUGCGUCCUGCUAAAGUGACCUGGAUUUACUUCCUGCUGCCCGUGGUGAGGAUGCCCAGUGAACCCCAGCUGCCCAGCAGUCCGUGGGGUAGGUGGGGAGACUGGGUUCCUUGCCCCCAAAACAACUGAGCUGUGAUGUCUGCCAUCAGCGAGGCGUCUGUGGGCGUGUGGGUGUGGGCGCGUCACGACCGUCCGUGCGGCCUGCAGCCAAUGGUGCAAGGAAACGGGACUGGUGACACACUCCCAGUGUGUGCUGGCCGUCACCCUGUCCCAGGGGCAUUCGGCACUGGGAGAAAAUGGAAGAAGAGGAGGGGGAGGCAAAAAAGCAAAUCCAGGUCACUUUAGGGAUUUAAAAAAGGGAAAAAGGGGGAAUUAAUGGGGUGGUACCAGAAUUUAGCACGACUGGAUUUCGAUUUCAUGCUGUUCUGUUUGUGUCGCCUCAGAGCGAAGUGGCAACUAAGAUGAACGACUAGGGGACAACUUGUGCAAUAUGUCCACAGCAGCCUGCAAUGCACAUUAUUACAAAUAUGACAAAAAGGGCCCCCUUUCUCUCACGAGUGUUAAAAAACUAUGCUAGAAUUUUCUGUAUCUAGGGCCAUAAAUGCACCAAUGCAAGACAAAGACUGCACUGCAGCACUGAUUCCAACAUACAAUGAUAUAUAUUCUUUUGUUAACAUGGAUGGUGAAGUGAAAUAUGCUCCAGCUGUCAGCAUGUAUGAUUGUGUAACAUUCUUUACACAUUGUGUAAAUCUUUAAUUGCAAACUACUGUAAAUAGACAAAAUGAUAUCAAUCGACUCCUAAUUCACAUACUUGCACUGUACUGUUUUUUUUUUUGGUGUUUAUGUAAGACUUACUUUCAAAUAUACAAAUAUAAUAUGUAACUGAACUAUACAAUAAUCCCUUGUACACCUGAAUAUAAAUAAAUGGUAUUUCUUUAUGUAAGAACAUAAAGUAUGUAAUAAAAUAUGGAAAUAAAGACAAUUAAGAAAUA